UGAGUGUAUGGUUUUUUCCCGGAAAUAUUCUCAUGCUUUAGCAGAUGUGGGGCAGACUAUUAAGCCCUUUGGUGCCAGGCAGAUCAAGUUUGAUUUGGAGAAGUCUUUUUACCAUGCAGUUGAAGACCAGCGAAUUUCAGACCUUGCUCACGGAUGGUCUCAAUGAACUAGCAGAGCUUUUUGAGAAGCACCAAUAUGAGUUGAGAAUAGCUGGGGGUGCUGUGCGGGACCUCCUGUCUGGAAAGCGUCCAGAAGAUGUGGACUUUGCCACCACUGCCACCCCAAACGAGAUGAAGAGAAUGUUCCAAACUGCAGGGAUCAGGAUGAUCAAUAAUAAAGGAGAGAAGCAUGGGACCAUUACAGCUCGACUUCACAAUGAGAACUUUGAGGUGACUACAUUGCGUGUGGAUGUUCAGACAGAUGGAAGGCAUGCCGAGGUGGAAUUCACCACUGACUGGCAGCAAGAUGCUGAGCGAAGAGACCUCACUAUCAAUUCUAUGUUUCUAGGGUUGGAUGGAACUUUAUAUGACUAUCACAAAGGAUAUGAAGAUCUGCAGAGACGUAAAAUUCGCUUUGUUGGCAAUGCUGAGCAAAGAAUCCAAGAGGACUACUUGAGGAUCCUGCGGUAUUUCAGGUUCUAUGGCAGGGUGGCAUUGGAGCCUGGUGACCAUGACCCUGAAACGCUGGAUGCUAUCAGGGAUAAUGCUCAUGGCCUUGCAUCCAUAUCAGGGGAGCGUAUCUGGGUAGAACUGAAGAAGAUGGUAGUUGGCAGCCAUGUUAGUCAUCUUCUAGAGCUCAUGUACAGCCUUGGGCUGGCUAAGUACAUAGGUUUACCUCCAGAUGGUGAUGUCGAGGAGAUGAAACGAGUUUGGCAGCAUGCUAAGGGCCACUCUCCCAAGCCCAUGACUAUCUUGGCUGGUCUCUUCCACUGCCCCGAGGAUGUGGAGAAAAUGGACCUCCGUCUGAAGGUGUCCAAGGAGGAGAAGACUCUGUGUCUCUUCCUGACCAAGCGCAGACGAGAUCUCCAAAAGAGCCCAGACAAACCAGAUAGCCUUGUGCCCUUCACAGACUUUAUUAUUGACAGUCGCGAAUUGGACACCAAAAUUAAAGUGUGUGAACUGCUCAAGUACCAAGGGGAGCACAAGUUACUGGGAGAGCUUAGCCAAUGGUCCAUCCCACGCUUCCCCGUCAGUGGUCACGAUCUGAGAAAGAUGGGCAUUACGACAGGAAAGGAGAUAGGAACCACUUUACAGGAACUCCGUGAAAUUUGGAAGAAAAGUCACUACCAGAUGGACAAGGAGGAACUCCUCAGUUGCAUCAAGUCCUGAAUGAUUCAAGAUAUUCAGUGGCCAGAGGGUUUUUUUCUUUGUGUGCGUUUGUGUGUGAAAAACGGAAACAUUUACAGUCUGUACAUAUUUGCAUUGCAACAGUUGCUCUGCACCAGAUUGGCAAUGCAUCUAAUUGCCAACAUCUUUCAAUUUGCUUGACUGAAGGUUUAAGUUGCUAAGCAAGGACUGCGUGAUAACUUUACUGUGUACCCACUAAUGGUUCUUUUGUCCUAAAUUUGCCAGGAGCAGUUUUCUUUAAUUUCCAUUCCCAUGCAGAUUUAAACAGAUUUUGCACACUGAGCUCCCAGCGUCACAGCCGCUACCAUAUGAUACAAGUUUUGAAUUGGCAGAAGAAAUUGAUUAUACCAUGUGUUAUUACAGACGGCUGACGUUUAUGGCAAGCCGGUUUAUCGUUUAUUCGUUGUAAGGCACUAGUUGCUAAACUAUAAACACCAGUGCUUGUUUUGUUUUUUUAGACACUAGUCACUAUUCUGACUGUCACUAGUUGCUAUGUGAAGCCACUAGUUGCUAAAACGUAGAUACUUGGUAUAUUAGAAUAAGCUCUAGUUGCUAAUUUCAUUAUUAGUUACUUUUCACUUUUUCUCUCUCAAUUCAAUAACCGCUAGUACUUUUAGUUACAAGUACAUUAUUUUCUUUUACAAGUAACAAUUCAAUAAACACUAUAUUUACUAGUAGUUGACUCGUCAUAAUCGAAGGUGACUAGUCAUAAAUUAGUAACUAGUGCUUAUUCUAAUAGAUCUAAUUUUUAACAAGUGGCUUUACAAUAGUGACUAGUGUUUUAGUUGCUAGUGUCUAAUUUUUUGUGACUAGAAGCGGCUGUAUGGUGGUUUUAUGUUUGCCUGAGCUGACUGAAUCCAAAUCUGUGUUUCUGUUCACCGAUAGGACCCUGGUGAAUGGAGAGAGAUUGCAAAUGUUACAUCACCCCAGUCACUAUAUAAAUACAAUGCAUGUUCAACAGCAACAUAAGCAAAAUGUAUUUCUUUUUAAUCAUACUUCCUUAAUUUAGAUUUGUUUGACCUAACAGGAUUACUGGAUUUGUCACAUAAUUGCAGAAGGAUGUUGCUUUGUGUAGCAAUAAAAAAGAAUGAGAAGAACGUCAUUAUUUUGUUAUAUUUAGUCCAUUCGUUGAAGUGUAUGCAUAAUUUAACUGGACUUGAUGUAUUCAGUCCCUGGUAACAAACCUAAUUUAUUGUCACAGCCAUUGAAAGACUGCUCCUCCCUCCAUAAGCCCAGAGAUAUAAAGCCAGCCUGCCAUCUGCACCAGUUCACAGAAAUGUGCA